CACACAGGCUGUCUGUCUCUGAUGCCACAUUCUGUUUGUCUGCCAGUCAUUUGCAUGCAGUUAAAUACCACAAACAGGUUCUGUUUUGUGCUAAUAAGGAGCUGUUUCUUGACAUCAGAAUUUGCAGUUGAGGAAGCCUUCGACAGAGAGAGAAAGCAAUUUUAGAUAAACAUGUCGACAGCUUCGAUUAGCUCCUGCUUCAACAAGACUGUCCGUGAGCAUUACAUGAGGCUACCCCAAGGGGACAAAUGCCAGGUGACUUAUAUCUGGAUUGAUGGAACUGGAGAAGGACUUCGCAACAAAACCCGGACCCUGGAUAGCGAACCAAAAAAUAUAGAUGAAAUUCCUGAAUGGAACUUUGAUGGGUCAAGCACAAACCAGUCAGAGGGCUCCAACAGUGACAUGUACCUCAUCCCAGUGUGCAUGUUCAGAGAUCCAUUCACUCUUGACCCCAACAAAUUGGUCCUCUGCGAAGUUUUAAAAUACAACCGCCUUCCUGCAGAAACAAACCAUCGAAUGAAAUGCAAGAAAGCUAUGGACCAGGUUAAAGAGCACGAGAUAUGGUUUGGCAUAGAGCAGGAAUACACACUCUUCGGGAGUGAUGGCCGUCCGUUUGGUUGGCCUAAAAAUGGAUUUCCUGCACCUCAAGGUCCUUACUAUUGUGGAGUGGGCGCUGACAAAGCUAUUGGACGGGACAUUGUAGAAUGUCACUACAAGGCAUGUCUCUACGCUGGGAUCAAAAUCUUUGGGACAAAUGCUGAAGUUAUGCCAGCUCAGUGGGAGUUCCAGGUUGGUCCCUGCGUAGGUAUUGAAAUAGCAGAUCAAUUGUGGGUUGCACGCUUCCUGUUGCACCGUAUAUGUGAAGAUUUUGGGGUUAUUGCAACUUUGGAUCCAAAACCAAUGAAGGGAAGCUGGAAUGGUGCUGGCGGGCACACUAAUGUCAGCACCAAACAGAUGAGGGAAGAAGGAGGAUUGCAAUACAUUGAGAAGGCUAUCGAGAAGCUCAGCAAAAGACACGCGGAGCACAUCAAGGUGUAUGACCCACACGGUGGUCAGGACAACCUUAGACGCCUCAUCGGUCAUCUUGAGACCUCCAGCAUCACCGAAUUUUCUGCUGGAAUUGCAAACAGAGGCGCUAGCAUCCGUGUUCCUCGCCAGGUGGGCCAAGAAAAGAAGGGCUACUUUGAAGACCGUCGCCCCGCAGCAAACUGUGACCCAUACCUCGUGACUGAGGCCAUCGUAAGAACCUGCCUGCUUGAUGAUGAUCAAGAAGUGAAGUCCAAUUAGAUAAGAUGACAAGGCGGAGUCAAUUCAACAGUAUGUCUGCUUGUAGCGCAUAUAUAAAUGUAUGUCACUGUAACUGAAGAAUUUAAAUGUUCAUGCUUCUUUCCCCCCAUUUUAUUAUCAACUGUAUUUUUUAUGCUAAUUGCCAUUUAGCCAUCCAUGGCAUGUUGCAUUAUUCAGUCGUGUGUUUUCUAACAUAUUUGGUCUCUGGAUAUUUAUUAUCAAUUUUAACAGUCUUGAGAGAUUCAAGUAAUAGAACUAAACUAUUAAAACUGGGGGUAAAAGGUAUUUUAUAACUUUCUGUAAAAUGUCAUUUUAAAAAAAAUGUUGAGGAAUAAAUUAGGACACCCCCACAUUCAAUCCCACUGAUAAUGGCUAAAAUCACAUCUUAACCCAUUGUUUUGAAAGAGGCU